CUGUCAACUGAAAAUUUUUCGAGUGUUUUCCAAAAAAAAACUCCUAAUUUAAGGCCCAACGGCAACCAUUAGAAGUUAACAGACCAGCUAACAGUCAACUAGCCAUGACACAAACCAGAUAUCGAGAACCCUUCCAUCAGCCUCUGACACUUCUCCCACUGCUGCUCCUGGUGAUCCUGCCCAUGGCCAGCAGGACAGCGGGCGUGGCGCUACUUAACACCAACAGUGCCCUGCCCGCUCAGCGGUUCUUCUAUGCCUCAGGGUCAGGAUCCACAGCCGCCGCUGAAUCCACACAGACAAAGGUGCGUCUGCUGCGACAGGUGGGCGAUGCAGCCCCUCUGGAAGAGGGUAGCUGUUGCCAAGGGUCAGCCUCUACUUCCGCCGAUUCUAUGCUGCUGCCUCUGGAGGGAGUCUCCAGCUCGGAGCUGGGCAACGCCACUGCUGUCGACUACGAUGUCUCCGGAGAAGCCUCUUCCAAGGAAAAUUUCAAACGCCAUGUCACCAGAGCUGCCAUCAGGAACGCCACACCAGCGAGCUGCUCCCCCCAACCGACGAUCGUGGAACUGAAGCCGCCGGGCACCGAGAGCGUCAACUUCUACUACUUCCCGUCCUGCACCAGGAUCAACCGCUGCAGCGGCUGUUGCGGAUCGACGCUGAUAUCCUGCCAGCCGACGGAAACCGAGAUCGUGCAGCUGCGAGUACGGAAGGUGGACCGCAGUGGGGCCGGACCGCGCCGUCUGACGGCCAUCGUGGACGUGGAACAGCACCUGGCGUGCCGCUGCGACUGCCGGAUCAAGGAGGGCGACUGCAACGCCUACCAGUCGUAUCGCCAGGAGCUGUGCCGGUGCGAGUGCCACAACACGGACGCCAAGGACAAGUGCCUGGAGCAGCCGGACACCAAGUACUGGGACGAUGCCAACUGCACCUGUGCGUGCCGCUACAAUCAGAGCUGCACCACCGGCACCGUCUUCGAUGAGACGCAGUGCAAGUGCACCGACCCGAUGGCACCCGUGGAUGUGUUGGAUCGAAAACGCUUUAUCGUCCAGGCCAUACCGGUGGAAGCCGAUAAUACUACCCUGUACAGCGUUUAAGAGCAUAGUUCUAGGAUUAAGGAGUACGAGAAGUACGAUGGAGAAGGAACGACCACUUCCUGGAGGGGCAUGCCCGAGUACUGAGAAGAAAACCAACCAAGAAACCAACCACAUAUACUUUAUUAUUAUUUAUAGUUAUUGAUUAAUUAUAGGCUAUUUACGAAACAAAACAAAACAUUCCCCCUACAAUUCCGAUCGUUUUCAGUAUUUUCUUCCCAUUCGAAAAAUUAUAAUAAUUUUUUUUUAAAUAAUUUGCAUAAAUUUUAAGGGCGUUCCCCAUUGUCGCGACCUUGCAUAGUAUUGUUUCAUGUUUGAGUUUUAAAUUGUAAAAAUGGUUAAUUAUCAACCCAAAGUACUAAGAUUAUAUGUUAAUAUUAUUACAUCAAAUCAUUGUAAUAUUUUGAUGGUAAUAUUAAUAUUAAAAAUGUUAAAAUUAAUCAAAAUAAUCUAUAUGUGUAUCACAAAAUUAGAAAAUUAUAUAAAUUGGCACAAAUCAAAAGUGUACUUAUGUUGACUAGUGUAAUCCUCCACACAUGAUUUCUAAUAAUUCUUGUAUGAAAAUGUUACAUUUAAGUUUAGUAUAAUUUUUUGAAAUGAAAAUAAAGUCCAAUUAUAAAACUAUUA